AAUAUAAAUAAUUUAGCAGUAAUACUUCUAUGCACUCACAGCCUUCUGGAUAGUUUGUUCUCAAUUGAUAUUUUUUUUCAAAAGCUGGUUGAUGAAGGAGGUGGGAAUAAGUGUUUCAUUUUCUACGUAUUUGAUUCUGUAAUUGCUGAUAAAAGAAGGCUGACUGCCUAGGAAACGUUAUUUCAAUUUUAAGUAGUGAGUUUCUUUUCCUACAACCAAAGGACACAAACAGAAGCGAAGUGAAAACUUUGGAGAGGCCAACUCGUCUUCGGGUCGUGCUAUCAGGACAUAGUGGUCUCGUCGCAAGUUGCAGGUCCUAGAGUUGGCAGUGACUCCAACAACAUGGUCGACGCAGCUGUGUUGGACAAGCUAGAAGCAGGCUAUGCCAAGCUUGCUGCUUCGGACAGCAAAUCACUACUGAAGAAGUAUCUUACCAAAGAAAUAUUCGACAACCUCAAGACCAAGAAAACUUCGUUUGGUUCCACACUCUUGGACUGUAUUCAGUCAGGCAUCGAAAAUUUGGAUUCAGGAGUGGGGAUCUAUGCUCCAGAUGCUGAAUCAUACACCGUAUUUUCUGACUUGUUCGACCCAAUCAUCGAGGACUACCACGGUGGCUUCAAGAAGACUGACAAGCACCCGCCGAAGGACUGGGGUGACGUUGACUGCAUGGGCAACUUGGACCCCACUGGCAAGUACAUCAUCUCCACUCGAGUUCGCUGCGGCCGCUCCAUGGAGGGCUACCCCUUCAACCCCUGCUUGACGGAGGCUCAGUACAAGGAGAUGGAGGAAAAGGUGUCCACCACGCUCUCUGGACUCGAGGGUGAGCUGAAAGGAAAGUACUAUCCUCUGACCGGGAUGGACAAGGACACCCAGCAGAAACUCAUCGAUGACCACUUCUUGUUCAAGGAGGGUGACCGAUUUCUGCAGGCUGCCAACGCAUGCCGCUUUUGGCCAACUGGUCGCGGCAUCUACCACAAUGAUGCCAAGACCUUUCUGGUAUGGUGCAACGAAGAGGACCACUUGAGGAUUAUUUCAAUGCAGCAGGGAGGCGAUUUGGGACAGGUUUACCGUCGUCUUGUGACCGCUGUGAAUGACAUUGAGAAACGCAUUCCAUUUUCUCACCACGACCGCCUGGGAUUCCUGACCUUCUGCCCCACCAACCUGGGCACGACGGUGCGCGCCUCGGUCCACAUCAAGGUGCCGAAACUGGCCAUCAAUAGCCAGAAGCUCGAGGAGGUUGCUUCCAAGUUCAACCUGCAGGUGCGUGGCACCCGAGGGGAGCACACGGCAGCAGAGGGAGGCGUCUACGACAUCUCCAACAAGCGGCGCAUGGGACUGACCGAGUACGAUGCUGUGAAAGAAAUGAACGACGGCAUCGCUGAGCUUAUCAAACUAGAGAGCUCCCUUUGCGCGUGCUGUAAAUCAUGCUGCAAAGUAUGUAGUAUGAAAGAAUGACGGUUUUAACUUUACCAACCAAACAAUACUUGUUUCCAUGUCUCCAGAUUUUUCUCCAGUAAUAGUAACGAUCAGAAAAAAGCCGAACUGUAUGAUUUUAGAUUAUAAUACGUAUUGUAUAGUAAGGUUAAUAAAAGCUUCUUCUGUA